CAGUUUCUUAGUCCGCUAGUAGCAACAUGUGAAGGAAUCAUGAAUUGACAGCUUUUCUGACAUAUAACUGUCUCUUUAGCAAAUUUAUUUAAAGUCAAAGCCGACAUUUAUGAGUACAAAAAGGCGACUUGCAGCUCCGUCUUGACGGAUUAACUGGCUGAAAGUGAGGUAGCAUAGCUUUACUCGCCUUUACUUUUCGGUUGUUUUGCUAGUGUUUAGCCAGCUAGCAGCAUGGAUAACACGGAGGGAAAUGCUAUUGAGCUCCACGGAGAUGAGGAAAUCAUUGAAGUCAUCGACCUGAACGACACAGAACCCUGUCCAGAUGAUUUAGCUGAUGACUUGGGGGACGUUGACAUUGAAGAACCUGGUGCAGCGGAUGAUGACGAAGGCUGGGAGACAGAGGAUGAGAUGGAAGCUGAGGCAGAGCAAGACGACAGCGAGCUCACCUUUUCCAAGCACACAGGCUGUGUGUUCUGCGUGAGCUUGGACCCGGCUACAAACAGCCUGGCGGUGACCGGAGGAGAGGACGACAAGGCGUAUGUCUGGAGGCUGAGCGAUGGAGAGGUUCUGCUGGAGUGCACCUUUCCUCUGAUGGCUGUGGCUUACUUGGACGGGACUCUGGCCAUAUAUGAUCUUUCAACUCAAGUGCUGAGGCACAGCUGUCAGCAUGAGGCUGGCAUUGUUCACCUGCAGUGGGAAGAGUCUUCUUCUGUGGUGUCCACCUGCAGUUUAGACGGCGUGCUACGGCUAUGGGAUGCUCGUUCCGGCAACUUGUUGUCUGAGUACCGCGGCCACACCGCAGAGAUCCUCGACUUCACCAUCAACAGGGAAGCGUCCCUCGCAGUAACAGCCUCCGGAGACAACCAGGCCAAAGUCUUCUGCCUCCAAAGACCCGACCGAUAAAAAUAAUAAUAAUUAAAAAAAAGCAGAGGUAAUAUGUCAGGAGAAACGGACGGCUGGUGAUCACACUGGAGAAUGAUUCUCCCUUUUCUCCCACAGGAUUUUAAAUUAUUCUCGUGCUGUUUUGACAUCCUUMCUGAGUUUAUUUUUGUAGUUUCAGCUGUGCUUCACUGGUAGAUGUUGAAGCUACUCCAAGCGCACCUUCAGAAACGGAGGUUCAUUCAAAACUACACACAAGACUAAAACAAAGACAAGACUAAAAUUUAAAGUAUCCGAGACUAAACCAAGAGAAAUUAAACAAAUGACACACAACAGUGUCCACCAUUUGACAGCCACUUUUAAUGUUUAAUGUCUUUUCAGAGAUAAAACUGAGUAUUUUGGAGUUUAUCUUUUGGAAAAUGUUUGAACUUUUCCUCGCAGGAUGUGUGAGGUCUUCCAACUCAGACACAAAAAUGUUUCCUGUAAACUCAAGUGUAAAUACAAAGAAAUAAAACUGUACACUUUCUUCUCAGUAGUUUAAUUUUUCUUUUAAUUUGGUGACUGUUUUGUGUCUUGUGUGUAUGCGUUUACACUGAUUUAAAUCCUGAGGUUUAAUUUGUUCAUGACAUGUCUAAAUGGAAUCAGUUUUGACUCUUAUAUUAAAGUCAUAAAGUUA